ACUGCCAAUGAAAAAAGCUGGCAGGAAAAACUAUUAACAAGGCGCUGCUGGAAUGCCGAGUAGGAAUCGGAUAACCUUAGCAUGAAACAAGAGCCAGAACAAAGAAAGUACACUACACCACGAGCCCGCAGAGAGCGGGUGUAGUCGGGAAUGCUUCAGCCAUGCUUAAGAAGCCGGUAAUAAUUGGCGACAGGUGUGCUGAUGGCUCCGCCCCUGCUGGCCAGCGGUGCAUUGCAACACAAGGCAGAUAGGCGGCAGCAAAGCGAUACCAUAGGACAUGACAGAAUGCUUUUCAUAUAUAUUUUGUUUAUAGUUUAGUCGAUUAGAUCCCCCAUUAUUUAAAGAAACACUAGCCUUUAAAAGUAGCAUCUGUUAUUUAAAAAUGAAAAUGAAAAGAUUAGGAAUGACAUCCUACCUGUGUGUGCUAAUUAGGAAGCCGUCAUCGGGGCGACACCCUCACGUGACCAAUGCGGAAGUGGAAGGUAAGGGUUUUUUUGUUGACGCAGAGGAGAACACGACUAGCGACUGAAGUUGUUUGUAAAAUGAGUCAAAAUUAGCUGGAUAGCGGAUAUUUUGGGAAUUACUUUCAGCGACAGAGCACUCUUAUUGACCCAACCGCAAUGGCCGGUGGUAAUUUGGAUAAAGCAAUCGAUCUCGCCAGAAGAGCUGCUGAGGAGGACUCUGCCAAAAACUAUGAAGAAGCCCUCAGAUUAUAUCAAAGUGCAGUGCAGUACUUCCUUCACGUCAUCAAGUACGAAACCAAAGGUGGGCGCUCCAACGAGAUGAUCCGAUCCAAGUGUGCAGACUACCUGGACCGGGCCGAGCAGCUGAAGGAGUACCUGAAGAAGAAGGAGCACCAUUGUCCUGCCAAACCUGCCAAGGAGUCGGAUGGCAAAGGCAAUGAAAGUGACGAGGGUGACGAUUCAGAGAAGAAGAAGUUCCAGAAUCAGCUGUCAGGCGCCAUAGUGAUGGAAAAGCCAAACAUUAAGUGGAGUGAUGUCGCCGGGCUUGAAGGAGCAAAAGAGGCGCUCAAGGAGGCAGUCAUCUUGCCAAUCAAGUUCCCUCAUCUCUUCACUGGAAAAAGAACUCCUUGGCGUGGGAUUCUGCUGUUUGGCCCUCCAGGAACAGGAAAGUCCUACCUGGCCAAGGCGGUGGCCACCGAAGCCAGCAAUUCCACCUUCUUCUCCAUCUCCUCCUCAGACCUGGUGUCCAAGUGGCUGGGAGAAAGUGAAAAGUUGGUGAAGAACCUCUUCUCUCUGGCCAGAGAACACAAACCUUCCAUCAUUUUCAUCGACGAGAUCGACUCGUUGUGUGGCUCCAGGAGCGAGAACGAGAGUGAAGCGGCACGCAGGAUCAAGACGGAGUUCCUCGUCCAGAUGCAGGGUGUUGGGAAUGACAAUGAGGGAAUCCUGGUCCUGGGGGCAACAAAUAUCCCAUGGACUUUGGACUCUGCCAUCAGGAGAAGGUUUGAAAAGCGCAUAUACAUUCCUCUGCCGGAACAGGCGGCCCGCUCCUUCAUGUUUAAGCUUCACCUGGGCUCUACGCCCAACAAACUGACUGAGGCCGACUACACCACGCUGGGCAAAAAGACGGAGGGCUACUCGGGGGCCGACGUCAGCAUCAUCGUCAGAGACGCCCUCAUGCAGCCUGUCAGGAAGGUUCAGUCCGCCACUCACUUCAAGAAGGUUCAAGGCUCAUCGUGGAACAAUCCCGACGUCAUCAUGGACGACCUCCUCACUCCGUGCUCACCGGGCGACCCUGGGGCCAUAGCCAUGACGUGGAUGGACGUCCCCGGGGAGAAACUUCUAGAACCUGUGGUUUCCAUGACUGACAUGCUGAGGUCGCUGUCCAACACCAAGCCCACUGUCAAUGAUCAGGACCUGGACAAGCUGAAGAAGUUCACUGAGGAUUUUGGUCAAGAAGGCUGAUGACUGCUCGCAAAUGCAACAAAUCAGAGGUCAAACACACAAUGAGUGCAAGUUACAUUAAGAUGGGAAGGGUAGGACUUUUUCCACUACUAUAAAACACUGUAAUUAUGGAUCAGAUAUUCGUGCUUAUGUUUACAACACUUUACCCAGGACCCAUACUAUAAUAACAUGAUUCUUUGCUUUAAAAAAUCAUAUUUGGAGUUGUAAGAUGCCUUAAAGUGCAAUAUGAUUAAUUUAUUUUAUGAAUAUUUGUAUUUAUUCGUAUUUCUCUUUAGCUUUACCUUGAGUUUUUUUCCCCCUUCAGUUUUCUUGAGCUUGGGAAACUUGCUUUUUUUGCCCCUUUCUUUCUCACGUUAUACCGAUGGACCAAGAGAUGGCGGUAAUGUGCCUUAACACUGAAUCACUCCUUUCUUACAAAGCAUACCGUAUUUUCAGAGCGCUAGAUUUAAAAGAAAGCUCAACCUGCAUAGUCAAAUAUUCUUGCAUCCAAAAGUUGUCUAAUAUAUGUAAUUUAACACUUGCACUUUUGUGUCCUGUAUGUGAUGUGUUCUGUGAACAGAGGUCUAAAAUAAAACACAUGCAGUCACUCAUCAUAUUGUGAAUACAUUUAAUUGUUAAAAUACAUCUCUCGGCUAAAAGCAUCAAAUUUUAUAUUAAUUUAUUAAUUAACUAGCACACUUAGCUUGACAACAUCAUACAUUUUGGAAAUAACAUCCUUCAUUUUCACACAUCUCUAUUAGUGAUGUUAAGCAAUAUUUGUUAAGAUGGCAGGCCACAAUGUUUCCUACUGAGGAUUCGCAACAAUUUGAAAUGGUAUAAAUUAAGUCAAAGGGCAUGGUAUCAGCAUGAAAAGAAAUGUAACUGGAUCUCCACAGAUAUCAGCAUGAAAUGAAAUAAGCUGCCAUUUCGCAGCUGCCAAUGUAAAACCAAACACAUUUUUGUGUGCGUUGCUAAACAAGCGUCCCUUUUUCCAUAUCCAGAGACUCUCAUCAAGCAAAAUGCUACACUAAUAAUGAAAAUUAUUGCUGCAUUGAUGUCCUCACCUGAUGCCUUUGCAUCUAAUAGCCUGUGAAACCGAAGACCUUACGAUACAAAAAAAAUCUAAAUACAUGAGGAAAACAAGACAUGCAUGGAUGUAGAUGACCACUAUGUAUCCCACCGGGCAUCUUUUGGAUUUUUUUUUUCCCUCUUCUUUCUUUGGAUGAAAGCACAAUUGGAGUAUAGUUGCUAUACCUAUCAGGGUGGGACACAUUAACAAAAUACUGUCAAACAAAAAAAUGAUAUGGCUUUAAGAUGAAGGCAUGUGUACAAAAUGUCAUUUACAGUUAUUCUUAAAGUAAAUAUAUUAUUUGCCACACAAGGCUUUGGAGAAAGUGCUCAAGUUGAAUAUUUUAGGAUACAUGGAAAGUGUGUCACCAUCCCGCCAUGCUUCACAGAGAGGAGUUUGUAUUCUGAAUAAAAGGUGUGUAGGGUGGGUGUGUUGUUGCUGUAGUAGAUAGAUGUACAAGAACGCGCACACACUUAGAAGACGGAGAAGAGCGACCCCAGUGCCAGACCAGUGGCCGCACCCGCCAGCAUGCCCAUGGCCAUGUCGCCGCCAUUAUCGCGCUGGCGCUCCUGAAUGACCACGUGGUUGACUCCGCCAGAAGGGUAGCCACCUAGACGGAAGACAAAAUCCAUAAAUCAGAUCAUAUUCAAACAAGGUCGCAAAAUUUGGAGCCCCUUUUCCUCCUGAAAAUGAUGCUGUAAAAUAUUUGAUUUUGGGGGUUUUUCUGAUGCCACCACAGAAGGGUACCAGUGGUGGCAACCACAUAACAGAAGUGUGACCUAGCGGUUGUGUAGCACAGAAUCUCUGUCCAUGCUACUCAGUACAAUAUGGCAACAGUCAGUCUACAAUAACAACUAGGAAGGCACUCAGUAGAGCACAAAAGUGGAAAGAUUGAGGAAAAAAGUGUGCCGAUACCCACAAUGAGCUAGAGCAAUGAGCUAGGCAGUAAGGUCAGAGUCCUUUUCUGUAGCUGGUCCCAGGCUUUGGAACGUCUUCCCUGUUGAUUUGCGGACCAUCACAGACUUGCAUUCGUUUAAAGAAAAACGUAAGACUAAUUUGUUCUGAACUGCAUUUGGCACAUAAGAGCAUGGGGACACUUAUUUAUUUUGUAUUCUUUUAACACAUUUUAUUUAUUGUUUUAUUCUAUUUUUUUUAUUUAUAUUAUUAUUAUUACUAUUUAUAUUUUGCUGUUUUUCCUUGCACUGUUGUCCAGCACUUUGGUUCAGUUACAGCUGAUGUAAGGGGCUAUAUAAAAAAAGUUUGAUUGAUUUAUUGAUAAACCAGUUAUGUUUUAACGGGGCAAUCACUUUU